CCGCGCCCGGAGAUGAAGGCCAAGAGCCUCCCCUUCAUCGCCUUCGAGCACAAGCGGGACGCCUAUGGUUUCGCUGUGCGGCCACAGCACCUGCAACGCUACAGGGAGUAUGCCAACAUCUACAAGGAGGAGGAAGAGGAGCGGUCUGAUAGAUGGAAGAACUUUAUCGAGAGGCAGGCCGAGGACGACGAAUCGUCCGGAGAAGAUGCUAAGAUUGUGCCGUCCAUCGAGGACGAAGGAGCUACGGGAGAUGCCGGCACGCCUGACCUGUCCAACGAGAAGACACCCAAACAGCAGAGGCCACAUAAGAUCCAAAUAUGGUCUGAGAUCAGGCCCUCAUUGGGCCACAUCGGGGAGAUGAUGAGCUUGCGUAUCAAGAAGAAGAAGCAAUCUACCGCUGGCGAAGAGGACGCAACGGAUGGGCUCCACCCUGUAAACGCUGAAGACGGCAAGCCCUCGGAGGACUCCGACGAGGAGUUCUAUGAUGUAGAGAAGGUUGAUCCUGGCCAAGAAGGGCCUGCUUCUGACAGCGCCAAUGCCGAUUCGGGCAUUAAUAGAGCUACGAGUCAAGAAGGGUAUUUUCCUUGGAAAGAAGAAUUGGAGUGCUUAGUCCGUGGUGGGCUGCCAAUGGCUCUGAGGGGAGAGCUAUGGCAAGCUUUUGUUGGUAUUGGAGCUCGCCGAGUGAAAGGGUACUAUGAGAGCCUCCUUGCGGUGGAUGGUGGAAGCGGAGACAGCAAAGAUUCCGAUCCUCCAACUAUGGAGUGUGGUGACGAAAAAUCGAAAGCAUCUCAAACACCUUGUUCCGAAAAGUGGAGAGGGCAAAUAGAGAAGGAUUUGCCUAGAACAUUUCCAGGCCAUCCAGCUCUAGAUGAGGAUGGCAGAAAUGCUUUGAGACGAUUGCUCACUGCUUAUGCUAGACAUAAUCCAUCAGUUGGUUACUGCCAGGCAAUGAACUUCUUUGCUGGUUUGUUACUUCUGUUGAUGUCCGAGGAGAACGCAUUUUGGGCAUUGACAGGCAUUAUGGAUGACUAUUUUGAGGGUUAUUUCUCUGAAGAAAUGAUCGAGUCUCAGGUGGAUCAGCUUGUUUUAGAGGAGUUGGUCAGAGAAAAAUUCCCCAAGCUAGUAAAUCACCUGGACUACCUUGGUGUACAAGUUGCAUGGGUUGCUGGACCAUGGUUCCUAUCUAUAUACAUGAACAUGCUUCCCUGGGAAACUGUUCUUCGUGUGUGGGAUGUGCUUCUCUUUGAUGGAAAUCGUGUGAUGCUCUUCCGGACUGCCCUUGCACUUAUGGAGUUGUAUGGUCCUGCACUUGUGACAACAAAAGAUGCUGGGGAUGCCGUAACUCUCUUACAGUCUUUAGCUGGUUCCACUUUUGACAGCAGCCAGCUUGUUUUAACAGCUUGCAUGGGAUAUCAAGCUGUAGAUGAAGCAAGGCUGCAUGAUCUGAGAAACAAACACCGGCCAUCUGUUUUGUCUUCAAUGGAAAACAGAGCAAAAGGUCUUCGUGAAUGGAGGAACACAAGUGGUCUUGCAUCAAAGCUAUACAAUUUCAACCGUGAUGCUGAACCAUUGGUGUCAAUAUCAACAGAACAGUUAAAUGACUCGACAGAUGGGGAUGCUAACCAAGAAACCAGUUCUGAAAAUAUUGAUGAUAUGUAUCAUGGCCUGACUGUCAACACUGAUAUUGAUUUGUUGCCCGAUCCCAAAGAUCAGGUUAUCUGGCUGAAGGUUGAGCUAUGCCGACUGCUAGAGGAAAGGAGAUCAGCUGUUCUGAGGGCUGAUGAAUUAGAGACAGCACUAAUGGAGAUGGUUAAGCAAGAUAACAGACGUGAAUUAAGUGCAAAGGUAGAGCAGUUAGAACAAGAAUUAUCUGAGCUAAGGCAAUCUCUAUCAGACAAGCAGGAACAGGAACAAGCAAUGCUUCAGGUCCUGAUGCGUGUAGAGCAAGAACAGAAGGUUACAGAGGAUGCACGCAUCUUUGCUGAGCAAGAUGCUGCUGCUCAGAAAUAUGCUUCACAUAUCCUUCAGGAAAAGUAUGAUGAAGCGAUGGCUUCACUCGCGCAAAUGGAGAACAGAGCAGUCAUGGCUGAAACAAUGUUGGAGGCAACACUUCAAUAUCAAUCUAGUCAGCAAAAAGCACAACUACCUUCCCCUUCCCCUUCUCCAAGGACACCAACACGAGAUGCAUCUCCUGGCCAAGUGAGCCAAGAUUCAUCACAGGAGUUUCAGCCUAGAAAAAUAAGUUUGCUUGCCCCAUUUUCUCUCAGUUGGCGUGACAGGAACAAGGGCAAGCAGAACAAUGCUGACGAGUUAACAAAUGGCAAACAAAAUAACAACACUGCACAAAGUGUUGAGCCACCAAAGAUGGAUGAUGGAAAUCAGGGGGGCACACCAAAAGAGGGUGAACGAGUAGAGACACCCAUCGGAGAUGAACCCCGAUUAGAGAUGGCCAAGAUGGAUGGCGAUCUGCCAACCGUAGAAACGACUACAAAUAAAAUAAACGGGCAGGAAGAACACUUACAAGAAAUAAGACUAGAUUGAUCCUUUGGCCAACACCUUUUGUACUCAAUAGUGCCUUGUGAUUUUGAAGGAAAGCUGAAGCCAACAUUUCGGCUGCAAUUUUUUAAGUCAUGUGCUGCUGUAUUUAUUUUUCUCCUUUUCUCUCCUUUUGAUUUGUUGUCCUUUUUUUUACCACUUCCUUUAGGCUCAUAGAUUCAAAACUUCCCAGCAAUAACUUGCAAGAGGUAAUAUUGGUAUGGUUUCCCUGCUCAUUAUCAAGAUGGGCUGUAAGUUAUUGAUAGAUACAUGGAAAAUGAACGACAUGGAUGAACAGUGCAAUUGUUUGUAAAACAGGCUCCGUCCUCUGCAUUGUAAAAAGAAUGGCACAACCACCAUGGUGGCAGGGAUCUGAAGGAAUAUAAUCCGCUUAAAUUA